AUGAGACUUUUAGCUUGGAUACUGAACUGGUUCCGGGGCCUCUUCUGGCAGUUGGAGAUGGAGGUCACGCUUGUCGGUCUCCAGGGGGCUGGCAAGACGACCUUCUUGGCAGCCAUCACGGAAGGAAAGGAGUCCGUGCAGCUGCACGACGCGAUUCCCACCAUAGGCCUCAACACCCGCAAAGUCACUCGCGGUAACGUCAGCAUCAAGGUCUGGGAUAUCGGCGGGCAGCCGCGCUUUCGAGGGAUGUGGGAACGAUACUGCCGUGGCGUGCAGAGUAUUGUGUUUAUUGUGGAUGCAGCGGACCUUUCAUCCUUUGAAGAGGCGAGGCAUAGUCUGCACGAUUUACUGGGCCGGCCCUCUCUUGCUGGAAUUCCACUUCUUAUUCUUGCCAACAAAAACGACUUGGAAGGGGCAUGCUCUGCAGAAACUGUCAUAUCGGAGUUGCAGUUGUCGAAGCUUGCAGUCGAUCGUGAGACGGCGUGUUAUAGCGUAAGUGCGAAGAGUUACACGAACAUUGACGUGACCCUCAAGUGGCUUAUGCGGUACUCAAAAUCUUUCUCGUCAACGUAA